CCCGCUAAAGACGUGUUUGACAUAAACAACAAUUUUGUAAAACAAAUUCACUGCGAUAUCUAUACCUCUGGACUUACAUUUCACGACGUGUUGGUCGCCACAGGUCGUAUCCCAAGUGGUCCUCAAUUGUUAUUUACUGAUUGUCUGAUCGGUUGUGAGUUUGCGGGCCGUCGUGUGGACACUGGGCAACGGGUGAUGGGCUUUGAAAUGACCCGUUGUUUCGCCACAUCUAUUAAUGCAAACGAGAAAAUGAUAACUAAUAUACCGGAGCACUGGUCGAUGGAUGAGGCGGUGACUAUACUCAGCACUUAUAGCACUGUAUGGUAUGGACUCAUAGAAAGAGCUGGACUUAAGAAAAAUGAGAGUAUUUUAAUACAUUCGGGCGCCGGAGGUGUGGGACAGUCGGCGAUAAUCAUCUGUCAGUACUAUAACUGCAAUAUAUAUGUGACGGUCGGCACCGAAGAGAAGAAACAGUUUUUGAUCAAAAAAUACAAUAUACCGGAGGAGAAGAUAUUCAGCUCAAGAGAUAUAAUGUUUAAAUACAAGAUAAUGGCGUCGACCAAAGGAAAGGGUGUGGAUCUCGUGCUAAACUCGUUGGCCGGCGACAAACUGGACGCGAGUUACGAGUGUGUAGCGAAUGGCGGCCGGUUUGUGGAGUUGGGAAAGUAUGAUCUGGUGCUCAACAAACAACUCGGAAUGUUUGACUUCUUGAGGGACGUGUCGUUCAUUGGCGUCGCCGUCGAUAUCUGUCUUAUGGAAAAAGAGGACUUUGCUCUCAACUUCUUUGAGUGGAUGCAUAAGAACUCGAGUAAUGGUUGCGUUAAACCAAUCAAUACUACUGUGUUUAUGGCCACCGAAGCCGAGAAGGCCUUUCGAUACAUGACUACCGGUAAACACAUUGGAAAAGUGAUGGUUAGGAUCAGAGAUGAGGAGUCGGAUAAGGGAGCCGUGAAGGCAGUGAAACCCGCCAUUGAUUUGCCCGUUACUAUCAAAACCUAUUUUAACCCAAAUAAGGUGUAUAUAAUAACGGGUGGUUUGGGUGGCUGUGGACUAGAGUUAGUCCAUUGGAUGUUAUAUAUGGGCGCAAAACGUAUUAUAUUGACGUCGAGGACCGGCGUUACAACCGAUUACCAGCGCUAUGUCAUUAAGCGUUUAGACUAUUUUGGAGACAAAUUUAAAAUUUUUGGGGCAAAAAUAGUGGUCUCGACCGCCGAUUGCCAGACACUGGAAGGCGCGAAACAAUUGAUACACGAAACUCUCAAUUUGGGACCCAUUGGAGGGGUAUUUCAUUUGGCACUCGUAUUGAAUGAUUGUCUUAUUGAAAAUCAAACAGAAGACAAGUUUUGCGAAUCCAUUGACACAAAGCACAAGAUCUUUGCAAAUCUGGAUCAACUGACCCGACAAUUGGAGUAUAAAUUGGAUUAUUUUGUAGUGUUUUCGUCCGUCACUUGUGGUGUCGGAAACGCCGGGCAAUCAAACUAUGCGUUCGGAAACUCCAUGUGUGAGCGUAUAUGUGAAGAGAGACGUAGGGAUGGUCUGCACGGACUCGCCAUACAAUACGGACCUAUCGGUGAUGUCGGAAUCAGAGCCGAGAGAGCAGUUCAAAGCGGUGGCAAUCGACAGAAACGGAUGGUUAAAGAGCUGUGGCGAGCGCUGGGUAUAGACCCGGACACUACUCCCGAUCAUUUGACUCUCGGCGAGAUUGGUAUGGAGUCUAUGUUUGCCGUUGAGUUACAGCAGGAGUUGGAGAGAGAGUGGAAUAUCAAGAUGUCUAUCAAUCACGUGAAGAACAUUACGAUUAAAAUGCUGAAGGACUACGAGGCGGGUCGGGUGGAGAACAUCAAGCGCUAUGUGGACGACGUGAAAGUGGCCAGGGCCAAAUUAAUGCGCUACCGGUUUGUAAUACCGAGCGAACGGAUCACACGCAUCAAUCAGGUCACUACCGGACGGCCCGUGUAUUUCAUGCCCACAUUUGACGGCGGGUUCCGUAACUUCGAGGAGUUUGGCCGCCGUAUUGAUCGGCCUGUCAUUGGCCUGAAUUGGACGCGAGAGUUGGACAAUUUCAACACGCUGAAAGAGUACCAAGCUCAUUUCACCAAAUUACUCGACGAGCUCGAACCCAACGGUGGGUACGAUGUGGUGGGAUAUUUUGACGGCGCUAUGAUUGGCACAAAACUGCUGCGUCGGGCGCGAGUGGAUCGGGCGGUGAUCAUUGACGUGCUGUCCGAGAGUCGCUUCAACGAGGACUUUGUGACCGACGAGUACAUAUUGGACUUUAUAUUUGAGUUCAUAUCGUAUGAGAUCCCGGAGUCGUUCCGCGAGAAGAUCCACAGAGACAUGAAGACCGAGCCCGACAUCGACGGCCGCAUCCGCCGCGCCUGCGCUGAGAUCAGAGAGUUUGCCGGCAAAGGACUGGUGGCCACAGAUCUGGAAGCGAUUAUUCGGAACGCAUUCAAAAGGGCUAAACUCUUGUCCACACAU